AUGACCAAGCUAGAGUCGAAGAAAAGCGGCGUCGCCGUGGGCAAGAGCGCCACCGAGCAGGUCAACAACGGCUCCGUGGAUCCAGGGUGUCCGGAUCAGAGCACAACCAUCAAAGCAAAGGUGAUGAAGCAGACAUCCAGGGAGAGUCUGCACCGGAGAAACACGGAGUGCGAAGUCUACGACGACGGGACCAACACCUUUUUCUGGCGAGCCCAUACUGUCACAGUGCUGUUCAUUCUGACCUGUGCUCUGGUCUACGUCACACUGUUGGAAGAGACUCCUCAGGACACGGCCUACAACACUAAAAGGGGGAUUGUGGCCAGCAUCCUGGUGUUUCUCUGUUUUGGAGUGACACAGGCCAAAGAUGGACCUUUUACCAGACCACAUCCAGCUUACUGGCGUUUCUGGCUCUGCGUCACUGUCGUCUAUGAACUGUUCCUCAUCUUCAUCCUAUUUCAGACAGUGCACGAUGGACGACAGUUCAUGAAGUACAUUGACCCCAAACUGGGGGUACCACUCCCUGAGCGCGACUAUGGGGGAAACUGCCUAAUCUAUGACCCAGGCAACACUACAGACCCUUUCCACAACAUCUGGGACAAGAUGGAUGGCUUUGUGCCAGCUCACUUCCUGGGAUGGUAUAUCAAGACUCUGAUGAUUCGGGAUUGGUGGAUGUGUAUGAUAAUCAGUGUCAUGUUUGAGUUCUUGGAAUACAGCCUGGAGCACCAGUUACCUAACUUCUCGGAGUGCUGGUGGGACCAUUGGAUCAUGGAUGUGUUGGUGUGCAAUGGUUUGGGGAUCUACUAUGGCAUGAAGACCCUGGCUUGGUUGUCAAUGAAACCUUACCAGUGGCAGGGCCUCUGGAACAUUCCUACAUACAAGGGGAAGAUAAAGCGUAUAGCAUUCCAGUUCACACCAUACAGCUGGGUGAAGUUUGAGUGGAAGCCUGCUUCAAACCUUCGUCGCUGGCUUGCUGUGUUGGGAAUCAUCUUCAUGUUUCUGUUAGCAGAGCUGAAUACCUUCUACCUGAAGUUUGUGUUGUGGAUGCCUCCUGAACACUACUUGGUGCUGCUUCGCCUUGUUUUUUUUGUCAAUGUCGGAGGCGUAGGCAUGAGGGAAAUCUACGACUUCAUGGACGACCCGAAGUUCCACAAGAAGCUUGGUCAGCAGGCGUGGCUGGCGGCAGCAAUCACAGUAACAGAGUUCCUAAUAGUGGUCAAGUAUGACCCCCACACCAUCAUGCUGCCCAUUCCUUCUCUUAUCAUGCAGUGCUGGUUUUUAGGAAUCCUCCUCAUACUCCUCUGGACUGUGUGGCGGUUUUUCAUCCGUGACAUCACACUCCGCUACAAAGAGACACGCCGGCGCAAACAGGAAGCCCCUGCUGACUGGGACCGCCCACUGGGCAACGGCAGCACGGCCACCCCCUCCGGGCGAAGCAAAUUGAACGGGAGCUCCGAGAUGCUGCGCCAGAGGAAGUCCUGAGAAGAAGCCGGUCAGUCACACUGUCGGCAGCGAAUGAAGGGGACAGUGUUCGAUGGGAGAAAAUGAGAGGAGUUAAGGAGAAAUGUAACACAAGAUGGCAACCAGAUGGACACAAAUGUGCUGUGUAGACUGUUCUUGUGCCUACAUGAACCAAGUAGUCAUUUAAACACAGGUAAGGGGUGAAAGGGGCAGUUUUCAUUCGGUGUAUGUGUAGUUAUUGUCCUACUUCAGGUAUUUACCUCAUUCUGUUUCAAAGAAAUUUUUUUUUUUUUUUUAGAAUUACACUGAUGACGAGAUUAGAUUUUUGCGUUAAUAUUUUUUUUGAAUGUUGGCUGAUGUGGAUGAAGAAAAAGCUGAAUCAGUGCAGAGUUGGAUGAGUGGGAGGAGGGAUGUAGACGUCCAGGAAAGCAGAUGUGCUCUUGACCAAUAAUUUUCCAUUUUCUCAGCUGCACUUUAUCUUAAAAAAAACAGAAGAAUAAUGGAGGAGGAACACAGCCGCCACUGUAAAUAUGCUUAAUCUUUUGUUGUGCAGUCAUUUCAGUGCAGGUGAGAAAAAAGGAGAGUAUUUAGAGCAGUUUUUGUAGGUGCAGUGACUGAUCUGGGUUCUGUUUUAUUGUCCACUACUAUGCAAUCUUCAGUAUCAACCUGGGCUUGAGUAAUAACACAGUGCUGUUCUGUUCAGUUUAAGUGACACUUAUUUUACCAACUGAUUCCCAGUCAUUUCUCGUAGCUUAAACUAGGUUUAGUCCCAGGUACAUGAUGUAUUAUAGACACGUGGAAUUUAGGUUUCUUUUUUUUUUCCCAUUUACAGUUUAGCAUUCAUUCCUGGAAGCACUGAGUCUGGUUGGUUCUUGCUCAGGAUCCUUCCUUAGUCAGACACAAGAGAGGAAAACUGGUCUUUCCUCUCGGGCUUUGUUCUUGAAAAGAAUGACUUUUUUUUUUUUAAUUUAAAAAUCAAAAUGUACUAUAAUCUAGUUAUUUAACUGAUGAUAUUAUACAUGGUAUAUGGGGCUAUAGUUUGAGUGUUUUUGUAGAUGUUUUCUUAUCACUUUAGGGUAAAUCAAUUAUAAACACUAGAUUCCUUUUAGUGAAAUGAGGUUCAGAGACACCCGCAGCACUAAUGAACACAUCCGCGACAAUCACACUGAUGGAAAGCUGUGCUUGGUUUUCCUCAGACGGUGACAUGUUUGUUCACAGUUACAAAAAUGGCAGAGAUCUGGAUGUUCCUCCACUCUAUAAUUAAGGUUGGGUUUUAUUUACGUCACUUCUGAGUUUAAUAUUUGAUUCCUUUUAUGCCAAACAUUCUUGCAGUUUUAAGUUUUGGUUGUGUUAUAAUCUGGGGAGGGAUAUGGACUUUUUCAGCUCUGCAGGGUUGCCAUAUUGCACAUGCAAUCAGCCAAAGCUUAGAUCUCAUUCUUGCAAAAAGCCAUAAGUACCAUCCAUACCUGCUCGUGCACCUCAACCUGCUGUUGAAUCUCAUUUUGAUUCUUUUCAGUCUGAGCUGAGUUUCAGCAAAGUUACAUCUGCGUCUAUUCUUUUGUUACAACAGUUCACCUGAAGGUCAGACCACUAAAACCAAAUUCCUGUGUACAGUGGUAAUGUCAGCUCAACUGAAAUAUGAAGAAUUCUCUUAGUUUCUUUUGAUCUGUUAGUGACAGCUGCUAAAUGUAAAUGUAGAGCUGCUCUGAUUAGUCAGCUGAUAAUUCAUCCUGAAGUCAUCCAAUCACUGUUUGCUUACCUUUUUCCAAACAAAAUUAGUCAAAAUUAUCAGCAGAUUAAUCUGAUGAUGAAUACAAGUGUUGAUCGCUGCUCUAGUUAAAUGUUCAAAAUGUUUCGUAAAGAAAAGUGAGCUUUAAAUAGCGUAACAUGGUCAAACUGAAACGAGCUGAAAAUAACAGCCUGUUCCAGUCUCUCUCCAAGUUCACACUGUUACCAAAAUCCUUUAGUCUCUUUUCUGUGGCUAUCAGAGUUCAGUAGUAAAUUUCUGUGUGACUCAUUGUGCUCAGUCACUCUGUGCUACAUAAAUGAUAUCUGUGAAAUUAGCUCCAAAUGAUCUUGUUGUAAACUAGUCUGUUUUAAUGAGGCUACAGUAAUUUUCUUGUGAAUGUAUAAUCCAUCAGAAUCGGCUGUUAAGAUGAGAGGGUCACAAACACUAAGCUGAACAUUGUCAUUCCUCAAAAGCUGCUCCUCCUGCUGCAACAUUAAACCCAGCUGCCUGAUAUAUUUGGUAGGUCCCACACAAGGGUCCAAAAACAGCUGUGACCACACAGCUUGGCCAGAGGACCUCUGGGGAAGUCCUGUGGUGUCUGGCAUUGGGAUGUUGGCAAGGGUUCCCUUGGGUCUUGUGGGUUGUUUGCAAUUGGACACAUUCCACGGGUCCUCUACUAGUUGGGAUUCUGCCAUUUUUUUGCAGUGUGGUGGGGGGCUUUGUCCCUCUGAGGGAGGCCCUUGUGAUUGGGGAUGCCUUUAAUCUAAUGCUUACUUGGGAGACACAUGUCAGAGUAACAUUAUGAAUGUCAGGACCCGAGGGUUCCCCAGUAGAACAUUGCCUUGCAACAUGACCGAUGUUACUCACGUCACCUGUCAGUGGUUUCAGUGUUGCUGCUUACAGCGAUUGCUGUGUAAAUUUAAAACUAAUGUUUAGCUAAUAUUUCAGAUUUUGUGCUUGUUAACCUGUGCUGUGCUAAUUCAGCUGCUUGAGGAGUUUGCUUUUUCUCCUUCAUGUCAAGAUACUUUUAGACAUGAGCCACUGUGUUCAUGCCUCCAAUUGGUCAAAAAUACUUUUUUGUUUGAACUGAAAACUUAAACAAACCCAAUGCACAAAUUUGCACAUCAGCUCUGCGUUACAAAAUAGUGAAUAAAAAAACUUGAACUCAGAAACAAUGUGUAACAACUUGAGGGGAAAAAAAUAAAUCGAUUAAAAAUAAAAAAGCAGGAACUUUAGUGUUUGCAGUUUAGUUUCGUUUCCCUUGCAGCCACAUGGGGGCAGUAGAUGUUAUCUCUACCCUAUGCAGUCAUGUCUCCUGGAUAAUGACUGACUACUUGCUGUAAAUGCCAUUUUCAUUUUCAACUUGGAUUGUGUAAAUUUGAAGAUGUUGAAGAUCAUAAAACUGAAAUAUGCUGCUGCACCACAUAAUUUUAUAAUGUUUUCAAUAAAAUUAACAGAAAAUCUGAA